UUAUUCCACGUUUAGCGCCCGGCUCACUCUGUUUGGUGUUUGUGUUCACAGAAGCUGAGGACAGCACUGUAAUCUUCUGGAGAGCCAGCUCCUUGCAGGGGAAAGCCUUUGAACUGAGCCCAGCUGCCACUGCCAUCAAGGAGGACGGAUUCUAUUAUGUAUACAGCCAGGUCUUGUUCCACGACUGGACCUUCUUGAUGGGUCAGGUGGUCAUGAAGAUUGGGGGAGGAGGGAGCAAAGGGAACGAGACGAACAGACUGCUGACUUGCUAUAAGAGCAUGCCGGAGAACGCAGAGCAAGCCUACAACACCUGCUUCACUGCCGGUGUCUACUUUCUGGAGAAAGGGUCUGUGCUGCAGCUCUCCGUUCCGCGGUUCAACGCUGGGAUCCAGAUAGUGGAUCACUCCACCUUCAUGGGGCUGAUCCAGCUUUAACAGGGCGACAGACACACCCCGCCAUUUUUUUGAAAAAUGGUUUGCGCCAGAAGACUGUUUUUUUUUUCAGUGCACAAGGGUAAUGACCCGA